AUGACUGAAUCAGACGACUAUAGAAAUUUUUUGCGAAUGGAUGCUACAUCUUUUGAGAAUUUAUUGAAAGUAUGUGAAAUUACCUAUAUUUUAUAAGUAUAAUUAACUUGACUGUAUAAUAAUCAUAUUAUCAUUAUAGCUUGUCACUUCAAAUAUCCAAAAACAAAAUACGAUAAUGAUGGAAGCUAUUUCUGUCAAUGAGAGACUAUCGAUAACAUUACGAUAUCUCGCCACUGGUAAUACGUUCGAAGACCUGACAUUUUUGAGUGCAAUUUUACCACAGUCCAUCAGUAAUAUUGUACAAAAAACUUGUCAAGCUAUUAUUACUAGUUUGAAAACUAUCAAUAUUGAGUAUGUGAGUUGUUAA